AUGUACGAAGUACAUGUCAUUACAUCAUACCUGACAUCGGAGAAGCACGCGGAAGGUCCUGACAGCUGGAUACUGCACAAGGUAUGCUAUGCGUUGCUUUCCCUGAGGUCAUUUGUCAUGUCUUCAUCUCUCUCCCUGCCUUGGGCAACCGAGGCUGUUCGGAUAGCAAGCCACUGGCAAGUAAACGGCCCAUCCGCUGACUGCACCCACCCAUGCAAUGCUGCCGGCCGCUUCUCCCAGCCGAUGAGCAGUCUGAUCAGGCAUUCCAGCCUUUCAGAAAGACCACUCAGGAAGUCCAUCCCGAUGAGAACAGCUCCCAAUCUGCGCCAAGACCCCUCCAGGACCAAAGGGGCGAUCGCCCCUCCGCCGCACGGACAUGAAUUCCCGGGAACCAAAAGCGAGAAGGAGAAAAAGAGACGUCUCCACAAACAAAAACGACAGAAUCGCAAAAAAUGGUCAUGGUUCGCGUACUCAAGCCUUUGGAAAAUAGGCCGAGGUAACUUCAAAGCAUCGAGCGCCCCUUUCCCACACCCCGCAAAAUCCAACAUAGAUGAGGUGAGAUGCAUCGCGCAAGUAAUACAAUGA